UCAAAAUUUCGUUUUUAUUCCAACGAGAAAACCGCGAAACUUCAAAAUUUUAUUUUUAUGAGCGAACUUGCAGACACAUCUUCUUAGCGGCAGGGAAGUUUGGGGCCUGCCUGUACGGACAUCUAUUUCCGAUGCUGUUCUUUGCAUGCAGCAAGAGGUACCGGAAGGAUGGAGUCGUGGAGCCAGAAAAAGCUGGCCCGCUGUUGGAACAUGAGUGUGGUAUCGAAAUCGAUGCGCAGUGCCGG